AUGAAUGUUGGAGAUCAGAGCAAAAGGUUGCUGUCUUCUUCUUCUAGUUCAACUGGAGGAGGAAAAGAGUCCGCAGAAACAAAAGAAGAAAGAGGAGGACAUCUUUCGGCUCAACCUUUUAUCAACAACUGCUAUUCGGAAAUGUGCAUGUCGUCCGCACAAGUUGGUAUGUUCUUUUUGAAUUUUUUUUGAGUUAUUUAGAAAUUUUCAAGAAUUUAAGGAAUAGUUAGAGUAUUGAAAAAUAACUUUGAAAUUCCCUAAAGUUUUUAGUUAAACUAAAAUGAUUUAAAAUGUAAGUUUUGCUCUUACCGGAAGUUUCAUUGAGCCAAAAACUACUGAAAAACUUUUUUGUCAGUAAUUUUUGUGUUCGUCCUCCGAUUUUUGAAGACAUUUUAGGUUAUUUCUAGCCACCUAUGAAAAUGUUUUCAUUUUUUGUCAUUUUUAAACCUUUUCUUCUCCUUUCCUCAAAAACAGGAGAAAACAGGGGAUCAUAGUUGAUUUAUGUGUGUUCGAUGUGAAAUGACGUGCACUUUAAAAACAAAACAUAAAAAAAGAGCACACUACAAAAAAGCUUGUCACUUUCAUCGUUUUCCUUAAUUUAUGUUUAUUUUUAGCUCCUAGUGUUGAGAAGCACAAAAUAUCAUGGAUAAUUGCUGCAAUUUUCAUUGUCGCCGAUAUGGUUGGAGGAGGUGUUGUUGCGAUGCCAGUUGCAUUCAAAAAAUCUGGAAUGACAAUGGGAAUUAUAAUUAUGUUGGUGAUUGCGGUUAGUUUUGAGUAUACUGGUUAUCUUCUCGGAAAAGUUUGGAAUAAAUUGAUGGAGAGAAAUCCACAUAUUGGAGUUUGUCGAAAACCAUUUCCAGAAAUGGCUAAGAGAACAAUGGGACCUUUUAUGCAGUGAGUUUGGACAAAUUGAUAACAUAUCCUGAAAUAAUUAUUGUAGGCGGUUCACUUCUGUUCUUGGAAACAUCACAUUAUUUGGAAUUUCAAUUGUUUAUCUUCUCCUUUCUUCAAACAUUAUUCAUUAUUUUAUAUCAAAUGUCCUGGAUUUGGAAAAUAUUUCAAUUUGUUUGGUUAUUUUCGGAUUGGCGGUUGCUAUUUGGCCAUUCACAAUGUUAGCCAGUCCUGGAGAAUUUUGGUAAUUUGUGAGACUUUUGAUGAUACCUGAUAUAAAGCAAUUUUCAGGGUUGUAAUCGUAUUUGCAAUGCUUACAACUGUUGUUGCUGUUGGAUCAAUUUUGAGUGGAAUUGCAAUCGAUGCCGAUUUAUGUUUCCCUCAUGCAAAAUAUCCAGAUAUUAAUCCAGAAGAUGUAUUUUUAUCACUCGGAAUCUUCCUUUUCGCAUUUUCUGGUCAUUAUGUUUUCCCAACAAUUCAACACGAUAUGAAAGAGCCAAGAGAAUUCACAAAAUCAGUUUUUGUUGGAUUUGUUGGUGUAAUUCUUUUAUAUCUUCCACUUUGCAUUUUCGCUUUUUCUGUUUAUGGAAAUUCAAUGGACAAUUCGGUUAUCUACAGUAUCCAAACACCAUCUCUUCAGGUAAUCUUUUUUUUGAGGUAAAUAAUGCACACUUUAAUUAUUUCCCAGCUUCUUGCCAAUUUGAUGAUUGCAUUCCAUUGUAUAAUGACUCUUGUAAUUGUUAUCAAUCCAUUAAAUCAAGAAGUUGAACAUUAUUUGAAUAUUUCACAUUCAUUUGGACCAGGAAGAUUAAUCACAAGAAGUGUUGUUUUGAUGUUGGUUCUAUUCAUUGCUUUAACUGUUCCAGACUUUGGACCAGUUAUGAAUCUUGUUGGUUAGUGAAUUUGAAAUUUUUGAGAUAAAUAAAAUUGUAACUUUUAAAGGAUCAUCAACAAUUCCAAUGGGUUGUGCUGUUUUGCCAUCUUUGUUCUAUUUAUAUAAUGAAGCAGCUACCGAAGAAGAGUGGAGAAAAAAUAAAAUUCCCACAUUCAAACAGUUCGUUUCUAUUCUCAAAAAUGCUUAAAUGGACCAAUAAUUAAUUUUUGCAGAGUUCUUCAACGAACUGACAAAACAAUUUUGAUUGUUAAUGUUUUAAUCAUUUUAACUUCACUCGUUGGUGGAGCAAUGGGAACAUAUCAAGCUAUUGUAAAGUUGAAUGAGGCACAAUUUAGUGCACCGUGUUAUGUUCGACUUUUUAAUGAUCAACAAUAUGGAAACACAUUCCAAGUUAAAAAUAUGUGGGUUCAAAAUAUUUAUUUUCUUAAAAAUAAUGGAGAAUUUUCAGAUGUUGUGGUGCACUUGGAAAUAUAUCUCGAUUCAAUUCAACCUCGUGUUCUGCAAUAACCAAUAUCUAAACAUUGUCACGAGCAGAAAAUAUUUAAAGGGUUGGUGCUUUCCUGGUGAAAAAAUUGUCUGCAAAAAGGCGUCACAGUGUUGUGUUCAAAGUUGUGUGCAAACACACACACGAAAAUUCAAAAACAAGUUGUGCGCUAGAGCGCAUUUACAUGUUUUAUUUCGUAGGUUUUAACUCGCUUGUGUUUUUGAGGAAAAACAUGGGCUGAAUUGAUACUAGAUUUUUUCUAAAACUGGGACCUUCCAGGAGCACCUUAUUCCUAUCUGAACCAAGCAAGAUUCCCUGGCGGAGCACCAACCCUUUAA